GGGGCGCGGCCUGGGCUGCAGCCAGAUGUGGGGAGCAGCGGGAGGGAGAGCGGAGCCGUCCAUCCUCCCAACUCCACUCCAGCGAUCCCUGCCCAAGCCACAGACGUCCCGUAACAGCGGCUGCCUGAGCGGAGAGGACCUGGGGGGGAGGUGCUGGCCCCGUUCGGGGCCCUUCUCCCAAGUCGGGAAUGCGCAGCUCCCGGCUCGACAGCUUCCUGGGGCAGUUCCGUCUGGAGCUGCUGUGCGGGCGGGAAGAGCCAGGCUCCCCACGGAUGCAGGGGCCCUCACAGCCAGCCCCGCCAGAGCCAAGCAGCGGCUCCCGGCCCUGCCACCCACCACGAGCCUCGGAUGCCUCAGAAGCAGACUCAGCCUGCUGCCUAGAGGAGGACGAUGAGGAGGGGGCUGCACUGUCCCCCUGCGAACGCAUGCUGGACUGGGACUCGGGCUACUCGGAGGUGUCAGGGAGCACCUGGCGGGAUGAGGAUCGGCCGGUGCUCCGGAGGGUGGGUCGCCUUCGGGGCCGCGCCAGCCCCCCACCUGGACGCCGGCCCCGCCCCAAAUCUACUUCGGACGUCUGCCUGGAGCAGUGGCGGGGCCUGGAUGCUGAGGACUGGACAGCGUCCCUACUGUCCCGGAGCCGGAGCCGCCAACCCCUGGUGCUGGGGGACAAUUGCUUUGCAGACCUGGUGGAGAAUUGGAUGGAGUUGCCCGAGGCAGGCGGCGAAGGGUGCCCGCCUGGGCCGCCCCGCUGGCUGGGAAAGCCCCACCACUUCUUGCUCAACCUCUCGGACCAGCUCAGGCGCCGGCUGGGUGGGGGUGGGGGCGGAGGCCGGGCCCGGGGCCCUUCCACAGCAGCCCCCCAAGGAAGCAGCCAAGCAGCCAUGGCCGCCAAGCGCUUGUCCUGCCCCCCUGCACCUGGGUGCCCCCUCCCCUCGCCGGACCUUGCCUCAGACUUUACCCACUUCGCUGCUCUUAUGAGGAGCAGAAGCCGCCAGCCCAUCAUUUGCAAUGAUGUCAUUGGCUACAUUUGACACCUCUUCUCCCCACCCCCACCCCCAACCACGGACAAUAAAGGGUUUUCUAUUAGA